CAACUGAUUGGUUUUCUUCCUUUUUCAUCCUGACUGCAGAAGUGAUGCUUUUGUUUGACACUUCUGCAGUUACUUCCAGGCCAGACUGGUGUGGCAGGGCAGAUUAAAGCUGUCCCCUGAGCGUGUGAGGUCCCUGCAUGACCAGAACUUCACCAAGGGGAUCAAAACCCCCCAAAAAACCCCUGGCAGCCAAGAGCUGCAGCUGUGGCCCACCAGUGGGUAAGUAAAACAAGCAAGAGGAGACCAAAAGAAGUGCUCUUCAGAGGCAGAAGUGUUCUUUAGUCCCUUGCAGAGUGACCUGCGGGGCAGUGUUGGGCAAGGCAGCUCAUCCCACGCUCUGGGGAUGGGGCUGAUUUAUGUCAUGUUGGCGUGAGGGUUUGCAAAAUGUUGAGUCAAACUGAACCAGCCAAAGCCACCAAGCUGCUCUCACCAUCAGAUUCCUGUGAAAAAUCUCUCUGGGCAAUUUGAAAGCCACAAGCGACCGCAGUGACCCCAGGUACGGUCGUGGCUGUAGAGUUUCAGUGGUUUGAAGAGUUUCUUUCUUCUGUGCAGACUUCAAUCUUACCUGUCCCCAAGGGUUGCACGUUCCUGCAAGAACCUGGAGGAGCUUCCAGGCGAGUCAAGCUCGGUUAGAAAUUUUAGCUAUUCAAAGAUUGAAGGCAAAAAAGUACAAAGGCUUUUCUUUGAAUGGAAUGAGUCUGACAUGGAAGUUGAGCUGUAUUGUGCUGAGGGCCAUCAGCUAUGCAGCCCUGCCAACCACAGGCAUUCAAAAUCCGUGAGUCAGACUCCCCAAAAACCCCAAGACUGGUUUCAUUCCCUUUUUGGAUUUUGAGCCUCGAAGCAUCACAGCUUCAAGCGUUUCUCUGCAGAAAAUGACAUUUUUUUGACCAACGGGGUGAGAGCUGAGACCCUCAGCGUCGUUACUGGGCUCCAGGAGUUAUGACUGUAAAAAAAACCUAUUAAACACCAUGAAAUGAGCAAUAAACCCCUGCACUGCCUCCAUGAAUUUGGCAGUGGGGGGCCACCCCAGGACAUCCCAAAGGUAGGAGCAAUGGAAAACUGGUGACAAGAAAUCAGAUGUCCUUGUCAUUAAUGGUGACACGUUUGUCAUGGGCCAUGACAGGGCUGAGAGGAAAAGGAAGAGUGAAAAAACCCUAAGGAAAACAGCAGGAAUACCUGUGAGCAAAAUGCAUAAUAGGUUUAUUCAACAGGGAGACAGGAAGGGGGAUUUUUUUUUUUUCAGGGUAAGCAUUCAGUUAAAGCUGCCUCAAAUGGGGCCAGACCUCAGGGAGAAUGGGUAUUUUAAGUGGCAAUUUAUUCCACUAAUAAAACGAGGAGGACGCAGGUGCUUUGGCAGGGCUGGGCUGGGUGAUCAGAGCUGGGGUGGCCGAGCAGGGCUCUGGCACAGCUGGUGGCUCUGCCUUUAUGGGGCUCCUUUCCCUGGUGCCAGGGCUGUGUCUGGGCUCCAGCUGGCCAGAAAGUGUUCCCCACAUCAGGAUCUCACCUCCAGCCCUGAUCAGAGGCCACAGUGGGUGGGAAGAGGUGUUUUAUCCAGGUGCUGCUGCCAUCCCUUCUCCAGCUUGGCAGGAAAGGGCUCAUGCCCGUGGGCUGCUCCGCUCCUGCACCAGGUGCUUCCAUACCAGGAGGAUUCUUGAGCAAAAAAAGGCAGAAAAUCUUCACAAACUGGACGGUGCCAUGCUGGUCACAUUGCUCAGGGCUCCUCAGGGCUCUGCCACAUCAACCUGCUGAGACCAGGCCACCAUCCAGCUUCUCACCCUCAGAGUGCACCAGCUGAAGGGUUGUGGGGUUGAAAAAUUAAACUCUGAAGUAAUGGGAGUGGUAAAAAAAAACACUUUGUAGCAUCACAGUCCUUCAAACUGCAGCCCCAGGUAGAGCUGCAGCUUCACUCUUUGGUUUUGGGUUAUUAUCCCCAGUAUUUCCAGCCUGGCAGUGACUGGUGACACUCAACAGAGCAGAUUUCAAUUCUGACCCAGUCUAUACCACAGGCAGAUGAAAGAUCAUCCCAUACUUACUCCAAGGAGAAAAUCCUCUCCUCAAUGCUCUCAGCUGGCACAGCCCCCUCAGCCCCUGUUCCAACAUCCACUGCUUUCAAACCAUCACCCUCAGAUUAAAAAUAAAACAAAACUCUCUGUGUCUCCUUCCUCCACUGCACCGUCUGAGCUGAAAGGGUAGAAGUGCUUGCAGAAAGCCAUGGUUAAUGUUACCCUGGAAGGAUCCAGGACAGCAUACCAGAACCUGGGUUUGGCAUCUGGGAGCCACUUUUCAGCCAUAUAUAUCACCGUUCCUGCAUGCACGCCGAUCCACACAAAAUUAGCCCUGUGGAAUGCAGAUUUUAAAAUUCCCUUUCCAGCAGCACUUAAACUCAGGAGCUAAAAUUUGCUCUUUCUCCAUUUCCUACCUGUUUAGGAAAGAAGGAACAAAGUGCUGGCCCUUUGUUUUUUGGGUUCCUUCCCGGGAAGGUUUGCCCAACCCACGUCUGCACCGCGGUGUUCGCAGUGAACAAAGACCUUUUAAAGCAGCAGCAGCUCCUGCCAGGAGCUCACCACCUGCCUGCCCCUCUCCUCCCCAUUUAUUUUGGGGGCUCUUUUUCAAUAAUAGCUGAAACACGUGUGCAACCUGAUGGGAGGUUUUUUUUCCCCCUCCAUGCCUACAGAGCUGGCUGCAACCCAACCACCAGCCCAGGGUGUGCAGCUGGGAGAGAAACAAAAAAAAAAAUAGAAUAAAACCCCAACAACCUGUGGAAUGUUUUCUUGCUCCUGAGAGCUCAAACACUUCCCUGCCAUGGCUGGCACUUGCUGCAUCCAGCAGCCAACGGGGUUUCCUUUCCAGCAGAAGCCAGCUGGAUUUUGGGCAAAGGCUGGGGGUGAGGGGGAUGUGUUUAACAACUGCCUGAUGGCAAUUUUCACCUGAUGCCAUUUGCCUUGUGCACAACCAGCACCUUUGCAGGUCCUUGUUGCACGACUGCCGUGUCCCCACAAGCGGUGUGGGGGCUGCUUUGUGCCCAGACAUGGAGGUUUGCCCUCAGCAGCAGGUUUGGAGCUGUGCUUUCGCCUCUCUCACAUCUGUCUCACGGCCACAAAAGCAGGGCAGAUGAUGUUCUCAUAGCCAGGAAUCCAGAGCGGUUUGUGCAACCUCUUCACCCCAAAUCUGCUCAAAACCCCUCUGAGAACAAGCCCUGCUGUGCCCCAGGGCACCGUCCUCGGUCCAAGCAGAUCAUGAACACAGAAUCAUGGAUUCAUCUGAGGAUAUGGCCCAAAAAAGGAACAGAGUAUUUUGGGCUGUGCUGGGUCUCUGCUUUCAGCUCAGGGCUGGACACCUAGGGAGCAUCAGGGUAUUUAUGUGCUGGCUUGGAGGGAUUCAUUUUCACAGUAAAUAGGGACACCAGGGUUUUUCAAUAUUUAUUGGUCAAGAUUCAGCUUUGCAGAGCUUUGUGGUAAGUUUAUAGCCUGCCCAGGCAGGAGGGCGGCUGGAGAUGUGGUGUGGGCAGCAUCCCGCGGAGGGAUGAUGCCUGCAGCCAGCCAGGGAAUGUGGAUGGUUCCUGCAGUAUCAGCUAAAAACGGGAGCCCUACCCAGCUCAUCUGAGGGGGGGUAAGCUCAUCUGUGCCCGGGGGAAAGCUCUCGGCACAGAGUCAAGGCUUUAAUGCUCUGUGCCAUUCCCUGCACACACACACACACACACACAGACCCCUCACUCCCCCUCCAGAGCUCUUUCCAACGUCCUGGAAUGGUUUAAAGAGAAUUUUUUUUUUUUUUAAUCCAUGCGUGCCUGUCUUUCCUCCAGACCCCCUCCCGGGGGACAGGCCAGCCUGUCCUAUCAGCCCUAGAGCUGGUGGCUCCUAUCAGAGCUCCCGGCCUCCUCCCCAAAACCGCAGCCACAAAGGCGCUUGCUCAAGAGCAGCAUUCCUGCUCCCCGUGUCCCGGGAACAGCUGUGCCGAAAGGAUGCCGAGAAUCCCUGCGAGGCUCCAAGGAAAAGAUAUUAACGCAGGGGGGGAGCAGGAGCGAUAUAAUAAAAAGUCAUAAUAAAAGAGAGAACCACUGAGUGGAUUAGCAGCCCAAACGCCGCUUGGCUUUUUGGUUUCCUUUCCUCCAGAUUUUCAGCGCCGCGCGACAAUCCGUUCGAAUUCCUCCAGCCCGGAGACUCUCGGCUCCUGAAUUUCAGACAGAACUCCUGGAGGUGGCCAGGCUGCAAAGGCUGAGGAAAUGGAGCUGCUCUGAACCCCACGGAGGGCACGCAGGCACCGGCAGCAGGAGUUGGGUGCUGUGGCACUCCAGCUCCCCCAUGUCUGCACCCACCCCAGCUAUGCCCCCCUGGGGAAAUAAAAAGCAGGUUUGGAGCUUGGUGUGUGUUUCUCAAGUGCACAAAGGUCGUAGGAUACAUCCCACUGUUUUAAAAAUCCCUAGUGCCUGCUGCUUACCAGUUCUUCCUUUGUGGAAGUGCAGAGAGAGAAUAACAAAAUGAUGCAAGGGACCCAGAGGGAUCACCGAGUUCAGCUCCUGCCCUGCACAGGACAAUCCCAGGUGCUAUUCCUGGCCACCAGAGAGGACAGAUCAGUGCCUGCCCCUCCACUUUGUGAGGAAAGAAGAUGGAUUUUCCCUGCUCCAGCAGCACUGACCAGGCUUGGCACAGGGACAGCAGGGUGUAUGGUUGGGAUGUCCCUAUGAGGAGCGAGCAACCCAAACUCCUCACCCACCAUGUACCCAAACCCAGCACGCAGCACAAGGCGUGUGAGGACAACAUUCCCUUUCACUCCUUUAGAAACACCCAGGAUGGUUUUGGGGGCACGGAGCAUCUGCUGCCCGGAGCCACCGGCUGUGUCAGGAAUUCGGGAUGAGACGGCAGCGAGGGUGGCGGCUGUGGCCGUGGCAGCUGUUCCCUGCCACACAGGGCAUUUAAACUUUAAAGCACACUCCCCUCUCCUUUCUCCACCAUUCCUGCCCAGCUCACAGACACCCAGCUCCCAGGAGCUGCUGGCCCACAAGGCACCCAUGGGCUCGCUGGUGGCCAAGCUCCUUCUGCCCACCCUCAGCUCCUUGGUCUUCCUCCCCACCAUCAGCAUCGCGGCCAAGCGGCGUUUCCACAUGGAAGCCAUGGUUUACUUCUUCACCAUGUUCUUCGUGGCGUUUUACCACCUUUGUGACGGCCCCGGGUUAUCAGUGCUGUGCUUUAUGCGCUACGACAUCCUGGAGUACUUCAGCAUCUACGGAACAGCCCUGUCCAUCUGGGUGUCCCUGAUGGCCCUGGCAGAGUUUGACGAACCCAAGAGGUCGACCUUCAUCAUGUUUGGCGUCCUCACCAUCGCCGUGAGGAUCUACCACGACCGCUGGGGCUACGGCGUCUACUCGGGCCCCAUCGGGACGGCCGUGCUGGUGAUCACGGUCAGAUGGCUGCAGAAGAUGAAGGAGAAGAAAGGGCUCUAUCCUGACAAGAGUGUCUACACCCAACAGAUUGGUCCUGGCUUCUGUUUCGGGGCGCUGGCACUGAUGCUGAGGUUCUUCUUUGAGGAGUGGGAUUACACCUACGUGCACAGCUUCUACCACUGUGCCUUGGCCAUGGCCCUCGUGCUGCUGCUGCCCAAGGAGAACAAGAAGGCUGGGAAUGCCGGGACCCCCGCCAGGCUGGACUGCUCCACGCUCUGCUGCUGCGUCUGAGCCCCCGGGCACGACGGGCACGCGUGUUCCUGCCCCUGCGUGAUGGAGGGCUGCAGCCAAAAGGAAAAUGCCUGCCUGCUGGGUUUUCCUCUGGCAUCUUUUCCCACCAGCUCCGUGCCCACUCUGGGAUUUUCUGCCCUGGGAAGUCUCCUGAGUAACCUGGUCUGGUGGACCAUGGCAGGGGGAUUGAAACAAGAAGGGCUUUAAGGUCCCUUCCAAACCACGCUGGGAUUCACCUCUCCACCAUCAGCCCUAGCAAAGCUUGCACUUCCAGUUUGACACAUAUCCAUAUUCUCCCUGGAGGAGCACUCAGCUGGGCUGUGGCCUGUCCCCUGCCCCAGGAGACCCCUGCCCUCCCAGGCCAUGUCACCUUCUCCUGGGCUGUCCCGUGCUCUGACCUGGCAGGACCCAAGCUGUCCCCUCCGUGCUGGUUUGCUCAGCCCGUGCACACAAAGCUUCGUUUGCAACACCCAGUUAACAGAACAUGUAUUUUUUGUGAGAUAUUAACUAUUUUAUUUAUGCAUUCUCUUGAUGUAAAUAAUACAUACUAACAAA